CGCCCGGUGCCCGCAGCCCCCCGCCGUCACGUUGGCGGAGCGUCGGCGGGCGGGAGGAGCUCCCGCCUCACCCGGGGCGCCGGCUAAAUUUAGGCAUCUGUGGCGGCUGCCGGCCGGAGCAGCAUGCAGGUCUCCUUUGUGUGCUCCGAGCACAGCAUCAAGAGCCGGAGCGCCGAGGACCGCUUGAACAGGCAGAAUGCCGGCAGCCCCAGCCUCGGCACCCGCGGCAAGUUCCGGGCCGUGGCCAUGGUGGCCCGCAGCCUGGGGCAGCUCUCGGUGCAGAACGCUCCCUCCUCCAGCGAGUCCAGCGUCAAGCAGCCGGGGAUGAAGUACCGGAACCUCGGGAAGUCUGGGCUGCGCGUGUCCUGCCUGGGCCUGGGAACAUGGGUGACAUUUGGAGGGCAGAUCACAGACGAGAUGGCAGAGCAGCUGAUGACUUUAGCCUAUGACAACGGCAUUAAUCUCUUCGACACGGCAGAAGUCUACGCCGCCGGCAAGGCCGAGGUGGUGCUGGGGAACAUCAUCAAGAAGAAAGGGUGGAGACGGUCCAGCCUGGUCAUCACCACCAAAAUCUUCUGGGGAGGAAAGGCUGAGACGGAGAGGGGCCUGUCCCGAAAACACAUCAUAGAAGGGCUGAAGGCAUCCCUGGAGCGGCUGCAGUUGGAGUACGUGGACGUGGUGUUCGCCAACCGGCCCGACCCCAACACGCCAAUGGAAGGGGACCCAUUUAGUUCCUCCAAGUCCAGGACUUUCAUCGUAGAAGAGACGGUGCGAGCCAUGACCCACGUCAUCAACCAGGGGAUGGCCAUGUACUGGGGGACCUCGCGCUGGAGCUCCAUGGAGAUCAUGGAAGCAUACUCGGUGGCCCGGCAGUUCAACCUGAUCCCACCAAUCUGCGAGCAGGCCGAGUACCACAUGUUCCAGCGGGAGAAGGUGGAGGUGCAGCUGCCCGAGCUCUUCCAUAAGAUAGGUGUCGGAGCCAUGACCUGGUCCCCGCUGGCCUGCGGCAUCGUGUCGGGGAAGUACGAUGGGGGGAUCCCCCCCUAUUCCCGCGCCUCACUGAAGGGAUACCAGUGGCUGAAGGACAAGAUCCUGAGCGAGGAGGGCCGGCGGCAGCAGGCGAAGCUGAAGGAGCUGCAGGCAAUCGCCGAGCGCCUGGGCUGCACCCUGCCACAGCUCGCCAUCGCCUGGUGCCUGCGCAACGAGGGCGUCAGCUCCGUCCUGCUGGGAGCCUCCAACGCUGACCAGCUGAUGGAGAACAUCGGAGCAAUACAGGUCCUUCCGAAGCUGUCGUCUUCCAUUGUCCACGAGAUCGAUAGCAUCCUGGGCAACAAACCCUACAGCAAGAAGGACUACCGCUCCUAAGCGCCCGCCGCGCAGCCCUCGCCGCCCCAUCGCUUGCUUACGCUUUGUGGGAGCAAAGUGUUGAGCGUGGCUCGCGCCACGGGCCCACCGCGCUGCCCCAGCCCAUCGCACCGCUGCGCCCGGCGGGGCUCUGGCGCGGGGGCACAGGCGCUGGCGGGGCGCGCACCGGGGCCGGAGCCACCGCGGGGACCCGUUGCAUGCGUCGCUGCCAUCGGUGGUCGCGGCGGUGCGAGCGGGUGCUGUACGUCCGAAUGAGGCCGACAACACGAAGCUGUUCCCCAGCUCUUCACGUGGUAUAUCCCAUGGGAACACCUGCUCCUCCCGGGACAGGGGUCGGAGGGGGGAUGAUGGGUUCCCCCAUGGGCAUAGGCACCCGGUGAGCGAGCCAGGGUGCCCCGGUGAGCACAGGGCUGGGUGGGGAAGUGUGCGAGCAUGUGGGUCCCCAGGCACAUGUGUACAUGCAGGGACACGCAUGUGUCUGCACAGUGUGUGCACAGGUACACGUGUGAAGGUGCAGCACCGCUGCGGUACCCGCAGCCGCAUUCACACAGAUGGAUGUGCACACGUGGCUAUGAUUACACGUGUGUGCGCACUCAGAGGUGCAGUGAUCUCUACCUACAUCCCUAUAGUUACACCAGUCUUUAUACAGGCCUCUAUGCCCAUUCACACGUAGACAUAGAUGUAUGCAAGGGUAGAUGCACACAUCUGUGGAAAUCACAUAUAUAACACAUAUACCAACAUACAAAUGCAGACGUGUCUUCAUGUAUAUACAGACAUAUCGAUCUCUACAGCUGUAUGUAUAUAUCCAUAUAGAGAGAUGUGUACAUAUCCCUGUGAAUAUAUUGAUUUGUAUGGAUAUAUAUGCACACAGAUACCGAAAUAACAGAUAAAUAAGGAAAUGUGUGUAUAUACA